UAAACAUGGCUCAAACAGCUGUUUUGAAAUUACUCUUUGCGUAUAUCGGUAGCAUUGGCUGAACAGCUGUUUUGCAUUUACUAUUUUACUUGCCGGUUAUACUUUAUUUGCAUUAAGUAAUUUAAUAAGUUAAAUGAACACAAACUAUGAAUAAAGCAUCGCGUCUUUUUUGGCCCACUUUGGUGACACCAAAAAAUGCGGUGGUCAAGCAAACGGAGCAGUUGUCACGCAGUCAAAAGUUAUUAACAGAACUAGGUCUAGUCAAACCUGGCAGCAAUGGCACUUAUCAGAUCAUGCCAAUUGCUCAGCGUGCCAUUGACAAAUGCAUCCAGCUGGUGCAGAGUAAUAUGCAAGCGGCGGGUGGUCAAAAAAUCAGUUUGCCUGUUUUAACGCCUGCUCAACUGUGGAAGAAGACGGGACGCUUGGAGGGCGACAUAUCCGAGUUCUAUAUGCUGCGUGAUCGCAGUGGCAAACAGUUCUUAAUGAGUCCAACUCAUGAGGAGGCGGUUACUGCAAUGCUGGCAAGCACAGCACCCAUUUCAUAUCGCCAGCUGCCGCUGCGUCUCUAUCAGAUUGGACCGAAGUUUCGAGAUGAGCUAAAAUCACGCUUUGGCCUUAUGCGCGCCAAGGAAUUCCUUAUGAAAGACAUGUAUAGCUUUGAUGUCUCCGCCGAAGCAGCUGCUGAAAGUUACGCAACUGUUACGGCUGCAUACGAACGGUUCUUUAGGCAGCUAGAGGUGCCAUUUGUGCAAGUCGAGGCAGCCACAGGCAUGAUGGGUGGCAGCCAAUCGCAUGAGUAUCACUUCAUUUCCCCCGUUGGCGAGGACACGCUGCUGCAGUGCAGCAAUUGCAGCUAUGCCGGCAAUGUGGAAGUCUUUGGCAGCGACACAGACGCACCCAGCGCUUGUCCCAAAUGCCAGAGUGCGCAGUUGAGCCGCGUACGUGGCGUGGAAGUGGCACACACUUUUCUGCUGGGUGACAAGUAUUCCAAACCUUUGGGCGCCACGUUCCUCAACACAACGGGCAAACCAAAGACGCUCAUCAUGGGCUGCUUUGGCAUUGGCAUUACCCGUGUCGUAGCCGCUGCGCUCGAGGUGCUGUCCACGGAACAGGAGCUGCGCUGGCCCAAGUUGCUGGCACCCUACGAUGUCUGUAUAAUUGGCCCCAAGGCGGGCAGCAAAGAACAGGCGCCAGCGGAGCGCAUAGAACACGAAUUGCUGCAGCAACUGAUGCAGAUUUGUGGCGCUGAGCAGCUGCUGCAUGACGAGCGCAAGGAGUUGACCAUAGGCAAACGUUUGCUAGACGCCAAGCGUCUGGGACAUCCGCUCACCAUUGUGGUGGGCGCCAAAGCGACGCAGGCGGAGGCGCCCAAGCUGGAGUUGCAUACGAGUGGCGGUGAGAAACAAGAACUUGAUGUGGCGCAAGUGCUGCAGCUGGUGGCAACACACGAGCAGCAUAAGCAACAGUUGGUAGAGGGAACAGAGCAAACAGACACAAAAAGAAGUCAACGAGUUGGUCAUGUGCAUUAGCUUUAUGCAAUAAAGAUAACAAUAACGCAAAACAGUAAUAGUUGAUGUACACCAAACUAGGGAUAUCUAGUGCUCCGUGUAAUCCGGCUCGGGUAUCUGCGGAUAGAUCUGCACCUGCUGCUGUGGCUUUCUGGGUGGCGGUGGUGGCUUUGUGAUCAUGCUGGUGUAUGACCAGGGCAUCUGAUUGCGCAGUUCCUCGCUGACGCGUGGAUUACUUUGCGGCGCUGGAUACAUCUCCGAGUAGCGACUGUUGAGCGUUGAGCCAUGGGCCAGCUGUUGCACCGCUGGCGAUGUAGGUGAUAAACGUGGCGAUGUCGGGUCUGCAACUGGAUAGUUCAGCUGAUCCGGAUGUGCAUCCGUGUUGCGAUAAGUGUUGUUCUCCGGCACCGGAGACAGCGUCUGUGGCGUCUGCUGCUGCUGUUGAGGAGGCAGCACGAGCACUGGCGACUGCACCGUGGUGCGAUCCUGAACUGGAUAUGUUUCAGCUGGUAUCACAAAUGGUGCUGGUCGUGAACGAUCCGGAUAUUGAGGUUCCAGUUGCACUGAGGGCGUGGCCGAUUCCGCUGGCGCUGUGGGCAGCUGCUCCUCUCUCACCACCAGCACAGGUUGUGGCGUCUGUUGACGGGGCUGUAUUUGGCUCGCGUAUGGAGGCGGUGCCGGGUUUGCAGCCGCCUGAUUUGCCAAGACAUUGGCCAGCGACAAGCAGAACAUACCACCAAUCAGAUUCAACAGCCAGAUGAGCACCACGCGACUGCUGAUGCAGGUCAUCACAACAGCCGGUGUGGAGAAGUAGACACCAAAGGUUUCCAAACUCGUCCAAACUUCAUUAGGCAUUCCCGAAACAGUAGCACCUAUAAAAUCAAAGGUUUCUUGCAGUCCCUAGAAGAGCAGUUGAAAUAAAUACACUUGAAUUGGAAUCUUUUACUCAAUUAGGCUUACCAAAGUCUCGCCUAUGUCUAUGCCAUGGUAAACAGUGGCCACCACAUCCAAGAUGCAUCCCGCAAGCACGGACAGAAACCAGGGCCAAUAGAUCAUGCCGGAAAUCAGUUUGGUGGUCUUGAA